AUGAUCCCGGGCGAGUUCGAGUACCAGCAAGAUCUGCAAACACCUCUGGCUUCUUGUCCCAACUUGCGGACCGUGAUCGACGUCAUCCCUGAUUUCGAGCUGUUCGUCUUUCGUUUUCUGGCCGCCGACCUCCUCCAGGUCAGCCAGAGGCCCAUGUCUCCGGAAACGAGGAAACGCAUCCUCAAAAGUGCCCUGACCGGACUGGCUGAGCUUCAUGAUCGAGGGAUCAUCCACACAGACAUCAAACCCAACAACAUCCUUCUUGACUACGAGGAGAGGACCAGCGACGAUCUUUCCAUUAAACGUGUUCAGAUUGCAGAUUUGGAGGAUGCAGUGCUCCUCCCGCCCGGUAAGAAUCUCAAGGGUUGCCUCUGUGGAAACCAGCUCUGGCGAAGCCCCGAGUCGUGGGCACGUGCCCGGCAGAAUACGCCGUCUGACGUCUUCUCGUUUGGGGUGGUCAUCGUCUACGUGAUGCUCCAUGACAUGAUCUUUCGUGUGAGUGAGAAAGGGCCCGGCGGAGACGAUGCUGCUUGGUGGCCGAUUCUCCGGAGACAUAUAUCCUUCUUCGGAGACGAGGACGGCUUCAAGGGCCUGCUGAAGCACAUUGGCGAGGACAGUGUGUUUUUCGACCGCCUCAUUUCUGUCGCGGGCGACUUUGAUGCCGAGCGGCCGAGAAAGCCGUUUGCAAUGUGGUUUUACGUGGAUGCGGAACUCCGGGAUUUGGUGACAAGAAUGACAAACUUGGAUCCGGCGAGGAGGAUCACGGCGCGCGAGGCUCUCGAGCAUCCUUGGUUCCGCGACGCCGGUUCCGAAUCGGGGCAGAAGACAUGA